AUGAAAAUCUUAUUCGAGUUCAUUCAAGACAAGCUUGACAUUGAUCUACAGACCAACAGUACUUACAAAGAAAAUUUAAAAUGUGGUCACUUCAAUGGCCUCGAUGAAAUUCUAACUACGUGUUUCGCACUACCAAAUUCAAGAAAAAUAGCAUUACCAUGCCUUCCUGGUGACUUAAGCCACAAAGCAGUCAUUGAUCACUGCAUCAUUUACCUGUUGACGGGCGAAUUAUACAACAACGUACUAACAUUUGGCUAUAAAAUAGCUAGAAAUGAAGAUGUCAACAAUAGUCUUUUUUGCCAUUCUGCAAAUGUUAACGUUACGUUACUGAAAGGCGCUGCUUGGAAAAUGUUCCACAGUUUGGUCGGUACAUACGCAUUCGUUGAUUUAUUGAUCAAUUAUACAGUAAUUCAAUUUAAUGGGCAGUUUUUCACUCAAAUCGUGGGUAACAGAUGUAACGAACCUCAUCUGCCGCCCAAAUGGGCUCAACGAUCAUCCUCAUCAUCCGCAACUGCUGCGCAAAUCAAACAACUUACAGAACCAGUGACAAAUAAACAAUUCUUACACAAGCUCAAUAUAAAUUCCUCUUCUUUUUUUCCUUAUAGCAAGAUCCUUCCUUCAUCAUCAUCUAUCAAAAAGCUAACUGACUUGAGAGAAGCUAUUUUUCCCACAAAUUUGGUUAAAAUUCCUCAGAGACUAAAGGUACGAAUUAAUUUGACGCUGCAAAAGCUAUUAAAGAGACAUAAGCGUUUGAAUUACGUUUCUAUUUUGAAUAGUAUUUGCCCACCAUUGGAAGGGACCGUAUUGGACUUGUCGCAUUUGAGUAGGCAAUCACCAAAGGAACGAGUCUUGAAAUUUAUCAUUGUUAUUUUACAGAAGUUAUUACCCCAAGAAAUGUUUGGCUCAAAGAAAAAUAAAGGAAAAAUUAUCAAGAAUCUAAAUCUUUUAUUAAGUUUACCCUUAAAUGGCUAUUUACCAUUUGAUAGUUUGUUGAAAAAGUUAAGAUUAAAGGAUUUUCGGUGGUUGUUCAUUUCUGAUAUUUGGUUCACCAAGCACAAUUUUGAAAACUUGAAUCAAUUGGCGAUUUGUUUCAUUUCCUGGCUAUUUAGACAACUAAUUCCCAAAAUUAUACAGACUUUUUUUUACUGCACCGAAAUAUCUUCUACAGUGACAAUUGUUUACUUUAGACAUGAUACUUGGAAUAAACUUAUCACCCCUUUUAUCGUAGAAUAUUUUAAGACGUACUUAGUCGAAAACAACGUAUGUAGAAACCAUAAUAGUUACACGUUGUCCAAUUUCAAUCAUAGCAAAAUGAGGAUUAUACCAAAAAAAAGUAAUAAUGAGUUCAGGAUUAUUGCCAUCCCAUGCAGAGGGGCAGACGAAGAAGAAUUCACAAUUUAUAAGGAGAAUCACAAAAAUGCUAUCCAGCCCACUCAAAAAAUUUUAGAAUACCUAAGAAACAAAAGGCCGACUAGUUUUACUAAAAUAUAUUCUCCAACGCAAAUAGCUGACCGUAUCAAAGAAUUUAAGCAGAGACUUUUAAAGAAAUUUAAUAAUGUCUUACCAGAGCUUUAUUUCAUGAAAUUUGAUGUCAAAUCUUGCUAUGAUUCCAUACCAAGGAUGGAAUGUAUGAGGAUACUCAAGGAUGCGCUAAAAAAUGAAAAUGGGUUUUUCGUUAGAUCUCAAUAUUUCUUCAAUACCAAUACAGGUGUAUUGAAGUUAUUUAAUGUUGUUAACGCUAGCAGAGUACCAAAACCUUAUGAGCUAUACAUAGAUAAUGUGAGGACGGUUCAUUUAUCAAAUCAGGAUGUUAUAAACGUUGUAGAGAUGGAAAUAUUUAAAACAGCUUUGUGGGUUGAAGAUAAGUGCUACAUUAGAGAAGAUGGUCUUUUUCAGGGCUCUAGUUUAUCUGCUCCGAUCGUUGAUUUGGUGUAUGACGAUCUUCUGGAGUUUUAUAGCGAGUUUAAAGCCAGUCCUAGCCAGGACACAUUAAUUUUAAAACUGGCUGACGAUUUCCUUAUAAUAUCAACAGACCAACAGCAAGUGAUCAAUAUCAAAAAGCUUGCCAUGGGCGGAUUUCAAAAAUAUAAUGCGAAAGCCAAUAGAGACAAAAUUUUAGCCGUAAGCUCCCAAUCAGAUGAUGAUACGGUUAUUCAAUUUUGUGCAAUGCACAUAUUUGUUAAAGAAUUGGAAGUUUGGAAACAUUCAAGCACAAUGAAUAAUUUCCAUAUCCGUUCGAAAUCUAGUAAAGGGAUAUUUCGAAGUUUAAUAGCGCUGUUUAACACUAGAAUCUCUUAUAAAACAAUUGACACAAAUUUAAAUUCAACAAACACCGUUCUCAUGCAAAUUGAUCAUGUUGUAAAGAACAUUUCGGAAUGUUAUAAAUCUGCUUUUAAGGAUCUAUCAAUUAAUGUUACGCAAAAUAUGCAAUUUCAUUCGUUCUUACAACGCAUCAUUGAAAUGACAGUCAGCGGUUGUCCAAUUACGAAAUGUGAUCCUUUAAUCGAGUAUGAGGUACGAUUCACCAUAUUGAAUGGAUUUUUGGAAAGCCUAUCUUCAAACACAUCAAAAUUUAAAGAUAAUAUCAUUCUUUUGAGAAAGGAAAUUCAACACUUGCAAGCAUAUAUAUAUAUAUAUAUACAUAUAGUUAAUUAG